UAUUUUGCCGCACUAGGAUAGUGAUGGCAGACAGACAUCCAAAAGUUGAGUCCCUAUAAAGAUAGAGAUUUUCUCACAUCUUCAUAUCUUGAGCACCAUUAUUAAUCCUGUACCCUACAGAAAAGUGCGGUUGUGAAAAUAUUUCCUUUAGGUGGAAUAACAGCUAAUCAUACCUGUCUGUGAAUGUUUAGGACUGAACAAUGUUAUUUUUUUUUUUUUCUCAAGAACUCCGAUUGGUAAACGGAGGUGAUUACUGUCAAGGACGUGUUGAAAUUAGGCGAAAUUACCAAGAAUGGGGGACUGUUUGUGAUGAUCUUUGGGACCUGAAUGAUGCAAAAGUGGUAUGCAGACAGCUGGGAUGUGGACAAGCCAUUCAAGCAACACAACAAGCAUAUUUUGGCUCAGGAUAUGGCCCUAUUUACCUGGAUAAUGUUCAGUGUGAUGGGUACGAAUCCCACCUCUGGAACUGUCCUCAUCGGGGCUGGGGAAGUCAUGACUGUUCCCACAGUGAAGAUGCUGGAGUUAUUUGUUCAGGUAUAACUACAACACAAAGGCCAGUAACAGUAUCAAAUUCAUAUUCUUGUGGUGGUUUUCUUGGAUACCCAUCAGGGUCAUUUAAAAGUCCAUUUUAUCCCUCCUACUAUCCAAACAAUGCAGACUGUGUAUGGGAAAUACAAGUUCAAAACAAUUUCCGAAUAACACUUUCAUUCCCAAAUGUUACGCUAGAAGUAUGUGAUAGAUAUAGAUGCCAAUGUGAUUAUAUUGAAAUCUAUGAUGGGCCACUCCAUACUGCCCCACUGCUUGGGAGAAUUUGUUAUGGCUCCUAUCGCACCUUUACAUCAACUUCCAAUAUGAUGACAAUUAAAUUCCGUACUGAUUUUAGUGUCACAAAUAGAGGCUUCAUUGCAAACUAUAACAGCUUCUCUGUAGAUCAAAACACAACUCUUGUUUGUCGGCCCUACUAUAUGGAAGCUGUAAUUAGUAGAAGCUAUCUGAACUCUCAAGGCUAUAAUCCAUGGAGUGCCAGCUUGAUGGAUCCAUACUGCAGACCAAGAAUCACACUAAAUUAUGUUAUAUUCAGCAUACCAUAUAAUGGCUGUCAGACCAGAAGAGAAGUUGAUGCCGAUACGAUUACAUAUUCAAAUGCGAUCUCAGUAACUGCUCCUUCACAAGGCUUCAUAAGAAGGAUACCAGAUCUUCUCGUGCAUGUCAGAUGCAAGAUGCUUCAACAUACUUGGGUAGAAACAAUGUAUAUCGCUGAGCAAACAAAGGAGAUAAAUGAAACGCAGUAUGGCCAAUAUAGUGUGAACCUUACAUUUUAUGACCCGUCCUUCUGGAAUCCAGUGAAUAAUGUCCCCUACCGUGUUGUAUUAGGUCAGAGGUUAUAUUUGCAAGCUGAGCUCUAUAGCUCUGAUUCUAACCUGCAGCUGUUUUUGGAUACUUGUACAGCAUCACCUUACUACAAUGAUUUUACAACCCUAACUUAUGAUAUUAUCAAGAAUGGGUGCUAUAAAGAACCUACUUAUCAGAAUCAUUACUCACCAAAUAAAAACAUUGUUCGCUUUUCCUUCCAAGCCUUUGUAUUCAUGCAGAGAUACCCAUCAGUUUACCUGCAGUGUAAAGUGGUGGUUUGCAGAGCCUAUGACUAUAACUCAAGAUGUAAUCGGGGUUGUCUGCCUAGAUCUAAGAGAGAUAUAGGCUCCUAUCAGGAACACCUAGAUGUCAUUGUUGGACCAAUUGAAGUUCAGAAGGAUGGCGUUCAGAACAGAAACUUUGAAGCAAAGCAAGAAGUCCAAGAAAAUUUGGCAGCUCAUGAUUCGCACGUACCUUACAUCGUUGCUGCUGUCGUCCUUGCAGUUGUUGUCAUGACUCUUGCAGGAAUUAUUUUGAAAAGCAAGUGGAGGAGACCAAUUCCAUAUGAGAUAAUGUCUCUUCUGGAAUCUUUCCCCAAGAUGGAUCACACAGUGAUCUUCCUUUGGGUGCUACAGCUUUCAGCUACAGCAUCUACAGUAUCUGGAGCAACUACCAGGCCACAGCAUCUUUCUGCAACAGUACCCCUUGAAUGUGGUGAGACAUUCUCAGAAGUUACGGGAUCAUUUCUGGGCCCGGAUUACCCUGGAGAUGGAAGUAUUCAACAGUGUGUCUGGACAAUCAACUCCACUGAUCACAGUCCAAUAAGAUUAACCAUUCGUUAUAUCUCGUUAGAUUGUGCUACUGAAUACAUUGCUGUCUAUAAUGGAGAAGCACAUAGGUCAACUCUACUUGGGAAAGUAUGCAGUGGACUAGAGAAGAUGUUUUUCUCUUAUUCAGGCAUGAUAACCAUGGUGUUAUACAGAAAAUCUAAUACACCAGGCCAAGGCUUUAUUGCGUUUUACGAUAUAGGAGCAAUGUUCACAACUCCAUGGCCAACAGUUGACCUCACAACUUAUCCUGAAGAAAUAAGUGGUCUUCCUGAAGAGACCUCUGCUGCUUCUACUGUACUUGCAGAAACAACUGUACAUACAGAAAAGGUCCCUGCUGUAACCACUACACAUGAAUUUCCUUCACACACAGAAAAGCCACAUGGUAAAUCUAUAAGACUGGUCAAUGGAAGAAACAGAUGUGAGGGACGUGUUGAAAUCUUUCACAAUCGAACAUGGGGGACCGUCUGUGAUGAUUCCUGGGACCUAAAUGAUGCAAGGGUCGUGUGCAGGCAGCUCAGAUGCGGAAGCGCUAUUGGAGCACAUGGACAAGCUUACUUUGGUCAAGGGUCAGGAAAAAUAGCUCUGGAUGAUGUAGCUUGCAGAGGGAAUGAAGAAAAAUUGGAGGAAUGUUCUCAUAGAGGAUGGUAUAGUCAUAACUGCAACCAUGGAGAAGAUGCUGGUGUCCCCUGCUCAGUUCCUGUCACACCUGAAAUAACAGUUGCUCCUGUGGUGACAGAGACCGUCCCUAGUAAGUCUGCAUCUCAAAUCCUCAUUUGUCAAUUUGGGACAAUGGCUAUUGACAUUCUCUAUAUUAUUCACAUUACACAUAGG